AUGUUCUUUUUCAUCUUGCUGCUCAGCGCACUCAUCAGUGUUGCAUCUUCACAGAUGUGCACUAGAGAAGAUUGUAACAAUCGCGGAAACUGCGUUGGAUUGAGGACAAUGCCUGUUUGUAUGUGUGAUAUGGGACACUAUGGAACGCGAUGUGAAAAUGACCUUGACUCUCAGGAGCUGUGCGAUUCCAGAAUAGGUUGCAACGGUAAUGGACUAUGUAUAGGCACGAAAGAAGAUUAUAGCUGUGCCUGUUUCUUAGGAUACGAAGGCGAAAUGUGUCAGCACGGAAUCGGCGGAUCAAACGUUCUUCUUCCCACUAUGUCCAACGCCUGUACACCUGCAGAUUGCAAUAAUCAAGGUGUAUGUGUCGGUACUAGAGAUCUGCCAUUUUGUUUAUGUAAUCUUGGACGUAUUGGAAAGUAUUGUGAGGAUAGCAUUAGCAGCUUGACGAAUACUGAUCCAACUGCACCAAUCACAACCUGUUCGCCUAGUGAUUGUAACAAUAAGGGAAUUUGCCUUGGCACAAAGAACUCAUUCGUUUGUGCUUGUCAGCUUGGAUAUACUGGAAGCCGCUGUGAAAAUACACCAUUCGCACUAUGUAACCCUCGUGACUGCAAUUCGAAUGGUCUCUGCCUUGGCACCAAGGACAAAUUUACAUGUGCCUGCCAUCUCGGCUAUUCUGGAGAUAGAUGCGAGACCAUCUCUGGGACAAUAUGUGAAGCAUCUGACUGUAACUCGGCUGGAUUGUGCAUUGGAACAAAGAAACAAUUCACAUGCGUUUGUAAUCUUGGCUACACUGGGGAAAGGUGUCAGAAUAGAGUAGGUAUCCUGCCUGGAUUUGAAGGAGCCAUCUGUGAAACGAAAGACUGCUCUGGCAACGGAAUCUGCAUUGGCUCCAAACUUGCACCACUCUGCCUUUGUGCCCCAGGAUUUUUAGGAAUUCGUUGUGAGCUUGAACCCCUAUGCAAUCCACUGCUCCACUGUACUGGCAACGGAAUAUGUCUGGGAAGUGUGAAAUCCUUCACAUGUGUUUGCAAUCCGGGAUGGACUGGCGUCACUUGUGCUCAACCAACAUUCCUUCUAUCGCUAUUCUAG